UCAUCUUCAGAUCCAGCACUUUCAAGCGUGAAGCCGCAAUACCAUCGAGCAAGAUGUCUUCAACAUAAAUCUGUCACAGCAAGCGUCAGGACAAGGAAACGUUGUCUAAAUUUGUCACAUUGAAUAAAGUUCUGUCUUCAAAACCAGCAUUUUCAACUGUGAGAUUCAGAUCAACUGGACAAUAUGUUUUAUGCUUGUAUAUCAUUUUGCUUCAUUGUAUAAAUAUAAUUAUGCUUUAUUAUGAGUUAAAUAUUAUGAUGUAGGGUGAAUUCAGGUUGAUUGGGACACUUUCCAAUUCAUUUCAAUGGCAAAGUGUCCCAAUCAACCUGAAUUCACCCUAUAGGAUAUAUAUUACUUUUAUGAAGAAAUUCUUUACAUGUUCAAGCAAUUCUUAUUAUAUUUCAUUAAUUUAUUUUUUGUAGAGAGAUCCAUCUCAUUUGUUUACAAUUUGUAUUUGUUUCAUCACUUUAUUGUCCAUUUUUAUUGUUACAUCAAAAAUAAAUAAAUGCCUAAUAUUUAACCCCACACAUGACAGAGGGAAUGAGACGGCCGUCUGUCUACAUCAGUAACUGUUUUACCCUUAUUUUCUUUUAAUAAGUUGUUUUAUCGAUGUUUUCAUCGCGUCUCGCGAUGAUGACGUCAGCGUCACUAGCGCGCGCCUUCCUUCAGUCUGUCGAGUCUUCUGAGAUCUGCUCCUCCCACUGCAAUUCUGAGAUCCAGAACACUGCAGAAUGAAACACACUGAAGAACAAAGAGACGUGAUGCUGGAGAAUGAGGAGAGUGAAGAGGAGGAGAAAUAUCAUGUCAAAACUGGAGAUAAAACAAUCUCACAGACUGAAAGUGUUUCUUUACUGAAAAGAAGAGACAAGAAACGUUUCACCUGCCGUCAGUGUGGAAAGAGUUUUACAUACAAAAAGUGUCUCAGGGAUCACAUGAGGAUCCACACUGGAGAGAAACCGUUCACAUGUGAUCAGUGUGGAAUGAGUUUUAGGCAACAAGGAACCCUUAAGGAACACAUGAAAAUCCACACUGGAGAAAAACUGCAUCAGUGUGAUCAAUGUGGCAAAACAUUUGUGAGGGCUUCAGGCCUGAAGAUCCACCUGACGGUUCAUUCACAGGAGAAACCACAUUCAUGUUCAUUGUGUGGAAAGAGUUUUUCAUUACUGCACUGUUUAAAACUACAUCAGAAAAUACAUACUGGUGAAAAAGCGUAUGUGUGCUUUGAAUGUGGGAAGAGUUUUAUAAGAGCUGGACAGUUGAAACUGCAUCAGAGAAUUCACACUGGAGAGAAACCUUACAAGUGUUCACACUGUGACAAGAGAUUCAAUCAGUCAGGAACCUUGAAAGCACAUGAGAGGAUCCACACUGGAGAGAAACCGUAUCACUGCACUGCAUGUGGGAAGAGUUUUAACCAAUCAUCUGCUCUACGCAGUCAUACAAAACACAAUCACAGUAAGUAAAUCAUCUUAAGAUCCAGCACUUUCAAGUGUGAAGUGACAGGACAAAGAAACUUCAUCUAAAUUUGUCAUAGUGAAUAAAGUUCAUCUUCAAGACCAGCAGCUUCAACUGUGAGAUUCAGAAAAACUCAAAGCUUCAAUCCUGUAUAGUCUUUGUUUACACUUUUAUGAAGGAAAGUAGAAGGUUUUUACAGGUUCAAAGUGUUCUUGUUCAGGAAACUGAAGACGAGGCUGAUUUACUUUUUAACAUUCUUUGUUGUUGUUUAAAUCAACUAAUUAUUCUUCCUGUUAAAGUGUAUUUAGAAAAUGCAGAUGUAGGGUAUACUGUCAUGUAGUUGUCAACUGUCCUUCACUUACCGUCUUGAGAUCAGUGGUGUAACUUUGUUUUAAAAAGUGUGUGGAUUAGAAAUGUGUGUGUGUGGGUGUAUUGUAAUUGUAUCAUUACAAUAAUAAAUUCACAAAAGUUAUUGACAUAGA